GCAUUUUUAAAAAUAAGCGGUUGUUGUUAACACGUGUUGAUUUUAGAGCGGUCUAAUAUAAAACAUUUAGAUAAAUGAUUAAUUUGUGUAGGUGAUUGUGGUUAAAAAAAUACUGCGUCUUCAUUUGCUCAUUGAAAUAAUUUUUUUGUGGAAUUUUUAAAUCUCUACAUUUCAUUAUGAAAUUGCUUGUGUUACUUAUGACUGCUUCCUUUGUUCUUGUUGAGGUAAAUUUAUCGGAAAUUUUUCGAAAUGGUCGUACAUUAGGUGGGAAUGUGGGUGUACCAAAACCAGACAAACACAGAGAAAAUGUGGCAGAUGUUCCAGACGAAUGGUUUACCCAAAAACUGGAUCAUUUUAAUCCUACCGAUGAAAGAACUUGGCAGCAAAGAUACUUAUUUAAUGACCAAUAUUUUGACCCUAACACUGGAGGGCCAGUAUUUUUAAUGAUUGGGGGUGAAGGAGAGGCACCUGUGGAAUGGAUGACUGGAGGAAGUUGGGUAGACGAUGCUGAAAAACAUGGUGCUCUUUUGUUACAAUUGGAACACAGAUAUUAUGGAAAAAGUCAUCCCACUGAAGAUAUGAGUACCGAAAACUUAAAGUACUUAACCAGCCAGCAAGCGUUAGCAGAUUUGGCAACAUUCAUCACAGCAAUGAACAAAAACUACAGUCUUCCAUCAGACGUAAAAUGGAUUGCAUUUGGGGGCUCAUAUCCAGGUUCUCUAGCAGCUUGGUUGCGUUUCAAGUACCCUCAUUUGGUCCACGGCGCCGUAUCCUCAAGUAGCCCUCUUUUAGCGAAAGUCGAUUUUUCGAAUUAUUUUAAAGUUGUUAGGGAAUCUUUGGCCGCCUAUAGCGACGAUUGUGUCGCAGCUGUACAACAAGGUGUUCGCGAAAUCGGUACCCUGUUGAAAGACGAAGGCGGCCGGAAAAAUUUGAACAAAAUAUUUAAUCUGUGCACCCCAAUUCAAGAAUCUUUGGAAAAACCGUUAGACAUAUCAAACUUUUACGAAAUGAUAGCCGACAAUUUCGGUGAAGUUGUCCAAGAAAAUGGAGCUAACAGGAAUAGUAGUCAGGCAAAUGCUAACAUAACCAUCGAUGCGGUUUGCGAAAUUCUGGUGAAUCAAACAAUCGGAUCUCAUGUUAAUCGUCUUGGAAAAGUAAAUGAUUUGUUACUUAUCACUCGCGAUGAAAAAUGCAUGGAUUAUCAGUACGAAAAAAUGAUUGAUUCUCUCAGGAAUGUCAGUUGGGACAGUGAAGAGGAUGAGGGCGACCGUCAGUGGAUGUAUCAGUUAUGUACAGAAUUCGGUUUUUUUACGACGUCGUCAAAUGAGUCUCACAUAUUUGGGGAUAAAUUUCCUACAAGUUUCUUUAUCCAGCAGUGUAAAGAUAUUUUUGGUGAUAGUUAUGAUGAAGAUUUUAUUGAUGGGGCUGUUGAUCACACCAACAUGCUGUAUGGAGGUUUUGACAUUGAAGUAAGCAACGUUGUGUAUGUGUAUGGAUCUAUAGAUCCUUGGCAUGCAUUGGGAAUAACAAAAACUCUGGAUAAAAAAGCACCAGCUAUUUAUAUUGAGGGAACUGCCCAUUGUGUCGAUUUGUAUUCUCCAGCUGAUACAGAUUCGGCACAGUUAACUGCUGCGCGCCAGAAAGUUUCGCAACUGAUUGAGUCUUGGUUGAAGCUUUAGAUAAAAGAUUAAAUUACCUUAAGGAUAUCAGCGUAAUUUUUUUUGAAAGGUCUGAAAAUGUGUGAGACUUCAAUGUUGGAUUAAGGUUUAAACGAUCUGUAAUUUUUCAGUUAUAGAUCGGAAAUACAGAGUUAUGACAAAGUAAUGCACAAAAUUCACAAAAAAAACAACAUUUGUUUCUGAAAUAGAUACAAAAACAUAUCAA